GGGAGGAAUAGCUCAACAAACAACUCUAAACCCGAAAAAAAAAAGAAAAAAAAAAAAAGAAACAGAGCCCGCAUAUCCCAAAAUCCAUCGAAAAAAAUGACAUCCUCCACAAUGUGGGCGUCCUCGCACCUCGGCCUCUCGCUCCUUCAUCACCCCAACUUCCCGCCACUUCCUCACCUCCCGACCUCCUCCGCCCCCCCUCGCCCCACCUCCGUCGUCCACUGCAGCCUCCGCGAGCUCCGCGAGCUCGCCUCCGUCAAAAACACCCAGAAGAUCACCGAGGCCAUGAAGCUCGUCGCCGCCGCCAAGGUCCGCCGAGCCCAGGAGGCCGUCGUCAGCGGCCGCCCCUUCUCCGAAACCCUGGUCGAGGUCCUCUACAACAUCAACGAGCAGAUGCAGACCGAUGACAUCGACGUUCCCCUCACGAAGGUGAGGCCCGUGAAGAAGAUCGCGCUCGUUGUCGUCACUGGGGAUCGAGGGCUCUGUGGGGGUUUCAAUAACGCGAUCAUCAAGAAGGCCGAGUCGAGGAUCGCCGAGUUGAAGAGCUUGGGGCUGGACUAUACUGUUAUUAGUGUUGGGAAGAAGGGCAAUUCUUACUUUCUGCGGCGGCCUUAUAUCCCGGUUGAUCGGUUUCUCGAGGGCGGGACGCUGCCGACGACGAAAGAGGCGCAGGCUAUUGCCGAUGAUGUAUUCUCCCUCUUUGUCAGUGAGGAGGUCGACAAGGUCGAGCUUCUCUACACUAAAUUUGUAUCCCUCGUCAAGUCUGACCCUGUGAUCCAUACUCUCCUUCCUCUCUCUCCCAAGGGCGAGAUCUGCGACAUCAAUGGAGUUUGUGUUGAUGCUGCUGAAGAUGAGCUCUUCAGGCUUACCACCAAAGAAGGAAAAUUAACAGUUGAAAGGGAGACUGUUAGAACCCCAACUCCAUCAUUCUCUCCAAUUCUUCAAUUCGAGCAAGACCCCGUUCAGAUUCUCGAUGCUUUGCUCCCUCUUUACCUUAACAGCCAAAUCUUGAGGGCACUUCAAGAAUCAUUGGCUAGCGAGCUUGCAGCAAGAAUGAGUGCAAUGAGCAAUGCCACUGAUAAUGCUGAUGAGCUCAAGAAGAACCUUUCGAGGGUGUACAAUAGGCAGAGGCAAGCCAAGAUUACUGGGGAGAUUUUGGAGAUUGUUUCUGGUGCCAAUGCCCUUGCUUAAGUUCUAGGUUCUAUUGCCCUUUCCUGUCUGUUUCUUCAGAAUUUCAAGUGUCAGUUCCUUUUUAAUCUUAAUUUUGGUGGGUAUCGUCGAAUUCAUUUCCUAUAUGCCUUUUUAAGGAUGUCUGUGUGAUACAAGGCUUCGUGACUGUCAAGCAAAUUGUGGAUACUGAACAGAGAAUAGUGUAUCCAAAUUAUUGUGUUCUGAACAUCAUGCUUAUCUAUAUAUGUUAUACUUGUACCAUUUCGAAAAUUAAGCCACUUAGUUUCAUGCU